CUUCAAUGCAGUUGUCAUUUUUCGUACCAAAGCCAACCCCAGAGAUGUCAUGAAAUGAUGACAGAAAUCUUGCUCUCUGCUCUGAUCCGUAACUAUGAGCGCUCGUCGGUCGACUCGCGCCAGACGUGCGACAUACAAAGCCGUUGAUUACGGCCUUGACGACGACGUCGACGGUGAAGUGGAAGUGAACGAUACUAUAACUCCCUCCAAAUCCAGCAGACGGCAAAGAAAGCCUUCGGUAAAUGAGGACGGAGACUUUGAGAAUGGCUUGGGGCAGGAUGGCGCCGGCCAGGACCAGAUAAGCGACUUGUCGGCCGCAGAAGAUGAUGAGGUCCAGGCCGAUGAAAGUGAUGUAGGUUAUGCUUCACACACCAGCUCGUCGAGGAGAGCAAAGGCCACGGACAAGACCCCCAAACGUCAGCGCAAGAAUGCGCCGACGCAGCCAAAGCCUAGUUCGAGGCAGACGUCGACCCCAGCCUCCAAACCGGCCAGGGAAUCAGGAACUGUGGAUGUACAAACAGAGGACCCGACGGACCUAGGACCAGAAAAAAACGGAGACGCAGCCUCCAAGGUGAGGUGGCGAUUGCCAAAGAAGAAAAAGUCACAAGCGGCAUAUCGAGCGUCACUGAAAGUAGUCUCGAAACGAAAAGGACCGCCCGAGACCGACGGGGAGCUUUGGCGCUAUGUGGCCGACAACCUCAACAAAAGCUUGAGGGUCUAUCUAGGUCCGUUGCAGCGUCACGAUCGAUUCGGCCUGCUUCUUGAGACAGUGUAUGGACCGGAUGUGGCCGCGGUCGCGCUUGCGGACAACCUGCGAUUGCACUAUGUCAACCACGUCCUCCCCGACCGUGGGUUGAAAAGACGUUGCUGCGUUAUGCCAAGCCCCUGGGUUCCUGGCGGUUUCGAGGCAGAGCAGAGGAAAAAGUUCCAUGCAUGGUAUCGACAGAUCACAGAAGGUGGCACUGCGUCACAGAGGCUCGGCACGGUACCGGCCAAGCGUAAGAAGAAGCUUCUGCCCGAGUCAACCAAAGGAGAUUUGAUUACAUUCAUUGGGCCUCAUGAUAGCCAGAAGCCUGUGGUGAUUCCCCAGGGGAGCGCAAUAACCCUUUCCGAGAAGGAUGAAUCUGUAACGGACGAAGCACAACAGCCUACCGGCUCGCUAUUCGAUGUAGGAGGUGUACCGUUGGCUAUAGGCUGGGCGCCCCGCGCGGACCCUGAUGCUGCUCAAAUUCUCGCCAUCGCGGUUUCACCACACUCAGACUAUGCAUUCUACCGAACCGAGAAGGCAGUCCCCAAGGAGGAUAAGACCGCCGGUAGUGUGCAGUUCUGGAGGUUUGAGUCAGAAUUGGAUGGGGAUUCUGUGCGCAGGCCUUGCCGAAAACCGCCGCAGAGAGUUUCGGCCAUUUGCUUCGACUGGGGUAGAGUGACGAGACUGCAGUGGUGCCCAGUGGCCCCAGUAACCAAGCCAGGAUCCCUCUGUGGCGUCAUUGCCGUCUUGUGUGAAGGUCAAGUUCACAUUGUCGAGGUCAAGGAGCCUGAAGUCGGUAGCGAGACACAGUUCGACUGGAUUCAAACACCCAUCGCCACAAUCAGCCUCAAAGAGGAAGAAACUGGGAUAGUCGCAACUUGUUUCGCAUGGGUCAAUGUCAACCGCAUAGCGGUCGGAUUCAAGGAUGGAACCAUCGGCAUAUGGUCCAUACAGCCUCUUGUUCUCAUAUCAAGACAAGUUGUCCACCACGCGGAAAUGCUCGACAUAUGCUCAGGCUACCCCUCGCACCCUUACCUGAUAACAUCCGUCCCGUUGGGCGGUUGUCCGGCCAUUACCGAUUUCACGGAUCCAUCACAGGAAACCGCAGCCCAUACGACUCCAAGUGCCGUUUUCCAGCCCAACAUGCUAGACUGGUGUGAACACAUGCAAGGCUUUCUUUCAACUUAUGCCAACUCCACCCCGGGCUCUACCACUGUCGCCUUCCUGGCCAUGAGGUAUCCCUCGCAGCUACGCACCGUCUUCCAAGGCUUCAGCCAGCCUAUGUGCCUGUCAGCCGGCAAGACGCACUGUUAUACGCUGAUUGGGUGUGCAGACGGCUCGCUCUGGUCCUUCAACACCAUGCGCAAGGUCUUUUACCUGCGAGGUGAGAAGCUGUACAAGAUCAAGCUGUUUCAACACGAGUACAGAAAAGCCAACGAGGCCCAGACUCCUGAUGGAGAUGCCAAUAAUGAAGAUACCACGAUGCAGGACGCGGACCAGGAGAACACGGAUGGCAAACCACAGAUCCGGGGUGCAGUUCGCAUCCUGCAUGGGUUCAAGCCCGAAAUUAACGACAAUCCGAGAAACGAUCACUCUAGGGCGGUCAUGAAAAAGGCCCGGGAGAAGGCAAAGGCAAAGGCAAAGCGGACCACGGCACGCAAAGGCGACUCGGCCGCAGCCAAUGGUUGUGAGCUGGUCGAGCGGACAGAAAGGGACGACUAUCCGGAGGAACACAAUCCGCUCAAAGGAAUUAUGUUGCAUGAGCCUGAGACUCGAGUCGUGGUUUGUGCUUGGAAUCCUAACGUCGAGCUGGGUUGGUGGGCUGCCGCUGCGAUGGGCUCUGGGCUUGUAAGGGUGAUGGACCUGGGCCUCGAUUGAGGCUUGCUCUUUGCUACAACCCGGGCAGAUGACAAAUCGCGAGCCUUUUUUUUAUUUGAUUAUCAAGUCUGUUCUACUCUAGUCUAGUCCAGUCUAGAUCCCAUCUUUGUGGAAAUGCAUAGACAAUCCUCGAGCUUCAGCUGAAUGAAACGAAAUAGUAACAAGGCCAUUUUUUUCUUUGCUGAAAAGACGCUGCUCAACAUUGCGCAGAACCCAGCGGACUAUGCCGAAAGUCAAACGCUUUGAUCAUGCCGU